UUUUUAAAUCCUCUCUUUAUCCUUGUCCUCAUCCCAGUUUUUGACUUGGGGCUUUACCCUCUGAUAAACCUGUGCAAAUUUAAUUUCACGCCCAUUAAAAAGAUGGCAACUGGCAUGAUCCUUGCGGGCCUGGCAUUUGCAGCUGCAGCUGUUGUAGAACUCAAGAUAGAGGAAAAUGCUCUGCCUGAUCCAGUUCCAAAAGAAAGUUAUGUUCAAGUUGUGAAUUUGGCAGACAGCAAUAUAGAAGUGGCGGUUCCACAUCAUGACCUAUUUCAAAUGUCAAUUGAGCCUUUUCAGGACCCUGAUGCCUACUCAAAAUUAAUUUUGACUGGUGCCCAACAAAGACUUCCUUUUAGGACAGAGUAUCAAGGAUCUUCUUUCACGUUUAACUAUACUGUCCAGGAAAAGUCGCUGUACAGCUUAAUUGUCUACAAGGCAGAAGGAAACCUAACAAGCUGUUUAAUUAAAGACAUGGGGGGAAAGCCAUCAGAAGGAACGGCAGCAAUAAGAUUCAUUAAUACUUUGGCUCAAGAUGUCAACAUCACUCUUGGCAAAGAAGAGUUUGUCAAAAGUUACAGUGCUUCAGACUACAGGAUAGUGGAGAGAGGAAGAUACAAUAACGUGAAAUGCCAAACUGAAGCAGAAGAAUCCAUCCUGCACUUAGGCCUGCUUGAUUUUGGAGCUUCGUACACUGUUGUUAUAACAAGAAAUACUUCAGCAAAUUUGCUUGAAGCGUGGAAGAUAGAAGACAUCCCAGCCAAUAAUAUUCAUAUGGCUUGGCAGAUUCCACAAUACCUAUUAAUAUCAGCUGGGGAAGUGAUGUUCUCCAUUACAGGACUUUCGUUCUCGUAUUCGCAGGCUCCUGUCAGCAUGAAGUCAGUGCUGCAAGCAGGCUGGCUAUUAACUGUAGCCUUCGGGAAUGUUAUUGUGCUUAUUAUUGCCCAGGCUGCACCGAUGAAACAGUGGGCUGAGUUUUUCUUAUUUGCUGCACUCCUCUUUGUUGUGUGUGUCAUCUUCUCCAUCAUGGGAUACUUUUACCAUAGCAUCAACCCAGAAGAACUCAUUGAUAAAGAUAACAAGCAAGAUACAGCAAGCAAUAAAAACAUGAUUGGCCUUGUUGCCAAAAAAGCAGAGCUGUAA